AUGGGUAGUGGUUUGAGAUCUCGGUUCGACGUAGUCAAGGAGAAGAUUCGUCUACAGGGUGAUGAAAGUCGACAUGAGCACGCCGAUCAAUGGAGCAAUCGUGACCUAAUCCCUUUACCCCCGAGCCGAAGGACUUGGGGUUGGCUUCACUAUUUCGGGUUUUGGACGUUAUCAUCUCUGAAUAUCACCAACUGGCAGACGCCAAGUAGUUUCUUGACUCAGGGGUUGUCUGUCCCUCAGGCUAUGAUGAUAAUUGUCGUCGGCCGUCUGUUAAUAUCCUCCUUUGCGAUUUUGAUUGCUUGGUGCGGCAUACGGUGGCAUAUUGGUUUCACGGUCCAAAACCGUUAUACGUGGGGAUUGCGGGGGAGCUACAUACCCCUAUUGCAGCGAGUUUUGCUUAAUUUCAUCUGGAACGCCGUCCAGUGUUGGAAUGGCGGACGGUUAGCUGCUGUUUGUUUAACAGCUAUUUUUCCAUCCUUCGCCAAGAUGAGGAAUUUCUUACCCGAGAGUCUGCCGGCUACUAGCGAUCAGUUUGUUGGCUUCAUUGUCUUUUGGGCCUUGUCCACACCUCUGCUAUGGAUCCAGCCGGAGAAGUUCAAGAUACCCUUCUUAUUUACAUCAAUCUACAGCGCUCUCGGAAUGCUUGUUAUGAUGAUAUGGUCUUUAGCCACCGCGAAAGGUGUUGGUUCCCUUUUUAAUACUGGCGUAGCGCUUCCGCAAGGUUCAUGGAGCAUCUCCUGGCUUUUGAUGGCCGGUAUAAACCAAACAGUGGGCGGCGUUGCGGCAGGUAUCACCAAUGGAUCUGACUUUUCGCGAUAUUCACGCAACUGUAAAGGCUACGUUGUCGGUACUUUUACGUCAGGUUGGAUAACCGGUGUCCUCGUGUGUCUUGUUGGUCUGGUGACUACUAGCGCAGCCCAGGAGAUCUAUGGCGAGGUGUACUGGAACCCACCAGACCUUCUAAUGAUGAUGAUGGACAGCGGGAACGGGUCUCCAGCAUCUCGGGCUGGAGUCUUCUUCCUUGCUUCUGGAUUUGGGUUAACCAGCAUGUUUGAAAACAUUUGCGGCAAUGCUGUAUCUGGUGGUAUUGAUCUGGCUGGGUUAUGGCCCCACUACAUCAACAUUCGAAGGGGCGCUAUCAUCACUUUCGUCGCUGCUUGGAUUGUCCAACCUUGGCAGCUUGUGAAUAGGGCCGUCACUUUUAUUCAGGUCUUGAGUUCAUUCUCGGUUUUCUUGUCACCCAUGAUUGGUCUUAUGGCUGCCGAUUUCUUUAUUCUACGUGGGCGCAAAAUCCGACUAUCGCAUUUAUACACCGGAACCGAAUCGUCAUACUGGUAUUGGAAUGGUUUUAAUUGGCGAGCGAUCGUAGCAUGGAUCUGUGGAUGGGUUUCAACCAUCGGCGGUCUGAUCGUCACUGUUAGGCAAGAUACGGAUGCUCCCACAGCUCUAUCCGAAUUGUACUUCAUGGCUUUCUUCGUAGGCUUUUUUAUAAGCGCUAUGAUUUUUGUCGCUCUCAAUAAGCUUUCUCCGGUCUUGGGGCUGGGUGAAUACGACGAAGUUGAUGUUUACGAGACCUUCACUAGAGAAGAAGCGACAAAAUUAGGGGUUAUUCACGUGGAGUCCCAAAUCGAUGCAUUGGAAAGCGAGCAUUCCUCAGGGCAGGAGAUAUUUGAGAAGAAAGAAUAG